AGGCCUCUGAGGCCUAGAAUGGACUUCCUGAAGCAGUGUGCAUUCAGCCGUUCUCCGAACUCAGCAAAAUUUAGCUUCCGGUUCUACCGAACCGGUGUGAACCGGCUGAAUCCCACCACUGCGUUGUUCUACAGUUGGAGAGGAUCGUUGUUCUUGAAAGAGGACAAGCUACAGCAUUUUAUUAUAUUAUUAGAUCUGUGACCUACUGUGGGGGUCUGUUGGGGGCCAACAUCUCCAGCUAAAAUAAUGAAAUAUAAUGAAAAUGUUAAACUUGUCUUUUUGUCGUUCUGCAUUACAAUAUUUUUUUUUUUAACGAGCCAUCUAGUUGAUACUAGCGGCUUGCAAAGCUUUCUCCUCUUGGAAGAAAAAAAAAAAACAGCAGAAUUUCUGAGUUUUUCCUUGCCUUAAAGUCGUGCAAGCGACUUUGGUGCAACCUGCGUCCUCAGUUUUCCUGUCUGUAAAAUGGGUCUAAGAAUUUACAUUAUUUUUUUUCCCUUCCCCCCCUCCGAGGCUAACCAAACUUGCCUCCGGAGAAGGAAAAACUACUUUCAUUUUGCCUGCACCCUUGUCUCACUCCAAAACCAAGCACCCACACAUCCAGAGAAGGCAAUCCAAUUUAGGCUUGGCUCAAAUUUAGUUUCUACAUUGUCUGCUUGGACCAAAUGAAGCUUUUUGCUGUUGUUACCUUCUUUUUCCUGCUACAAAUCUUAACUCUCCGGGCAAAUCAGCCGAAUGGGCUUAGGCCGGGAGAGUGCCAAGGAGCUGCCAUUCUCUGAAUGCUGCCAUUCUCUGAAUGCUGCCCCCCCCAACUGAGCUUGGCAAAGAGGUGGCUGUGCUGAUAAAUUCGCCCUUCACAGCAGAGAAGAAACACCUUGGCAGCACCCCAUGCCUCUCACCUGGGCAAAAUUAGAAUAGGUACACCUGUCUCCAGCCCUGAGUCACCAGGAUCCUAGAAGGAAAUUGGAGACCGGAGGUAUAUGUUGACUUGAGGUUUAUUAUAACCUGUUUUUCUACUUGCUACACCAGGGGUAAAAUUAUACUAGACGCUUUGCACCACCUGGCUCACCUCUUAACUGCACUCACGGAUCCCAUCAAGAGGUCUGCUGAGCACCCCUUUCCCCCUGGCAUCCACGGGAUGGUGGCGGCCAUUCCCAAGCCUUGCAUCCAAUCAUCCUAGUUCCUCUUUGGUCCUGGCAAGGAAAAACAGAUAGUUCUUCACUUACGGCUGCAAUGGAGCCCAAAAUGUCUUUUGCUAACCGACUAAGUUGUUAAGUUUCUCGCCACCGUCGCAAAGUGAAUCGCCACACUUGUUAAGCUAGUAACACAGUCGUUAACCAAAUCUGGCUUUGCUGGUCCGAAGGUUGCGAAAGGGGAAUUGCGUGACCUCGGAGCACUGCGACCGUCGUAAAUGUGAGUUCAGCUGCUCAAGGGCCCAAAUUUGGACCGUGGGAGAUGUGACAGCGGGCGUUAAGUGUGAAAAACAGUCGUAACUCACUUUUUUCAGCGCCGUUAUAAUGGUCACUGAAUAAAUUGUUGUAAGUCAAGGAUUACCUGCAUGUAUCAGUGUCUUCUUGGCUGUUAGAAAGAAGAAAAAAAGAACUCCAAAGUUUUUUUUAAAGAGGUGUAGGACUGAAACUCAAGAGUUCUAAAAAAAACUAUCGUGCACCUCUUUCCUCAAAUUAAUUCCUAAAAAUAGGGCAUUUUGGCAGCUACCUCCUGGAGCAAUAUUAGUAGAAUUCUUUUUAUCAGAAUACGUCGUAUUCGUCCCCCUCGUCUACAGUGCAACCUACAAAAUUAAAACUGGGUUUUAUACCACUCUUCAUUUUGAGUUCCUUGUUUAGGCUUCCAAGAGAGAGAAAAAGACACAGAAACCUCAGGAUGAAAAUUCAGACAGACAGCCUCAAAAUGCUUUUGUUCAAUGCUUGUCUUGACAGCUUCUUCCCCCCCCCCCCUUCUGGAACCUUUUCUCUUUUUACAUUUAAAAAAAAAAGAAACCAAAAACACGGCUGUAGCCCAUUUUUCUCAGCCACGGGAGGCAUCUGUUAAGGCCUGCUUCGGACUCAUGUACAAAAGUUAAUUGCACCGUCUACAUCCGUAAUUAUUUCACGCUUGAAGGGAAACAACAUGUUUGAAACCGCUCUGGCAUUACAGACUGAGCAGUAUUUACACGAAAAAAAAUUUUUUUUUCCUUUUUAGACCACUUCAUAAUGUUUGCCAGGGCACCUCACACCCAGAAGCCCAGAAAGUUUAAACUUUCCAAGCUUCUAAGAUGGAAUUCAUACUCGGAAGCGUAAACUGAAGACAAAUAUGUAACAAACCACGAUCGUUUUCAAAAGAGCAUUAAACCACAGCGACAGGCAGACACAGAUUAGGAUCGACACAAGCUUAGCCUGAUUUUAACCUGAUUUUGCAAAGGGCAUGGAACCACAAACUGGGGGGGGGGGUGUUUAUCCACCCACCCUGAAUCACAACUUAGCCAAGAUGAAAACUAACCAAAGCUUGUGUGCUAUGUAAAUCCAUCUGCUAACUCAGUCUGGUUGUGCAAACACAGCCCCAGGCAGAAAUGUGUCAUGGGUCUUGUGUUUUUCCACGGUUUUGGACAUUGCUAAAAAAGAACGAAUUGGCUGGAGAAAGAAACAGAAGAGGAAGUUUAAAGGUGCCUUAUAAAAACCUGGAACCGGCACCAUACUGCAUUUUCUGUUGUCUUUUACAUUCUGGCCACGAGGCAGAAGAAACCCCCCCAAAUUGGGGGCCUGUUUGUAUAUUUCUAGCUGCCUUUUCGUUGUCUCAUUGUCGGGAUAAGGGCGGUAGAGCUGCGCUCAAAACACACAAGCCAGGCUGAAUUCCACACACAUGUUAAAAUAGGGAAUCGUUUAUGGAGAACGUUUUGGAUACCGUCUUUAAAUUCUUCUUUCACAACUCAACAAAUGUCCUCCAUACAGGGAGUCCGGCUAAGUGUGGGGUCUCUUAAAUCUGAGAAAAUACAGGUAAUAGUCCUCGGCUUAACAAAAGUUCAUUUAGUGACCGUUUGAAGUUAUAACGGCACUGAAAAAAGUGACAGGGUGUUUUUCACACUUAAGGUCAUUGCAGCAUUCCCCUUAGUUAAGUAAAGAAAAUUCAGACGCCCAGCAACUGAUUCAUAUUUACGACGGUUGCAUGUGGUCUGCUUUUGCAAAUCUUCCCACCAGCAAAGUCAAUGAGGAAGACAGAUUCACUUUACAACCGUGUUACUAACUUAACAACUGGGGCAAGAAACAUUGCAAAAUGGGGCAAAAUUCAUUUAACAAUGGUCUCACUUAGCAACAGAAAUUUCGGGUUCCACUGGGGUCAUACGUUGAGGACUACCUGUAUGGAUAGGAGUCUGUUGUUUACAGCAAGAUGUAACAGAAAUCCAUCAUGGGAAUUAAUAGCUUUCAGAUCAUUUUUUACUGUAUCCACUUCUCUUUCUCUCUUUCACCUUCCGGUGAAAUAAAAGUGAAAAUCUAUAUGAAAAUAGCUGGAUGGCUCUCAACAAUGGAAGGUUUGUUCACCCAAGUUAAUAAACGACGAGGAAAUUGUGACUUACAAAGACGUUUUGAACAAUGAAGGAAAAUUAAAACAUAGACAAGAACGAGAAGGACAGGGUAUGGAUCUAUCACGGUGGCCAUACCUGCAAAUUCAAAUGAGAUAUGAAAAAGACAUUAAAAACACCUGGAUUUUACAAAGAACGGACAGAAUUGGAUAAGAUAUUACUGACAUCAGAUGAAAAAUUGAUUAAGAAGCUUUAUAAAUAUAGGCUAAGUUCAAAAAAAAAACCUCUCUCGUUUAUGAAAGCUUAAGAUCGCUUUUACUCCGUCGCAAAGCUUUCCGCUUCUCUUUCUCUCUCUCGUCUUCCGGUUUGUCUUACCUGCCUCCAGCCCGGCCCACCUUCCUGAAAUAUGCAAACCUAUAGUAAACAGACACCUGGCACACUGAGCGAGCAGGUGGACAAUAAUCUCUUUUUACCAGUCAAUCGGCAGGUUAAAGUCACCUUGCAGAGAAGGGAGGGAGCCAGCCCUGAUCCACUCGGAGUUGUUCCUUGGCAAUUAUUCAUCGCAUUCCUGAGCGCCAGCGUGAUAUGGAAAAAUGCCCCACCGUGCCGAAGGAAGCGGGGUUCAGCCGUCGGAUAUGCCUCUGGCUGGCCGGCUGGCCCUCUCCGCCGCGGCCUUGCUCUUGCUGAUGUUGGCCUACCGGUAUUUCAAGUCUCGAGUGCCCCCUAGCAGCACCCCAGCCGGGGCCACGGAUGCCAAUGUCGUCAGGGCAGAGCGAAGAGAAUGGCAGGUUGGCAACCAGAAGGAAAACAAACAGGUGGCACUGAGGCACAGAGGAGAGCGGAGGAAGGAGACAGAGCCAUGCCACCCAGGGACCAAUCAGCUGGUGCAGGUGGGUAGAUGUGGAGUAACGGAAGCGUGUGGGCAGGCCCCGAUCCCUGCUGGCAGGGAGCUGCCUGGCACAAGAGAAACUGAGGCAGAAACUAAACAAGAGGCGUGGGAAGUGAGCUGUAUGGAACCGGGGGUGGAACAAGGGUGGAGAUCCGAAGACAAGGCUGGGGACCCCUGUUGCACCAUCCAGAACUGCACUAGCAAAGCUGGGGCUGAUUUGGACAAUUUAGGAGAUCAUUCUGGAGCUGUAGGCCUACUCAGCCGAGAGAGGGAACUCUACAAUUCGAUGGGGUCUGGCUGGGAUGUUGAUCUUGUUGAAGCUGAAUCUAGCUGUGCCAAGCCGGUGGAGAAGGAUGUCCAUCCCACAGGUGGGAGUGGCAUCAGUUUGAAAAGAGGAGAAGGUCAACCACUGGGAAAAGAGACUAAGAAACAAAUUGUGGAGAGGCGGUUUGGCCCAGAGAAGAUCCAGUCUUUCUAUGCCACUAGUGAUAUGGACUUGGCCAUCAACCACAGCCAUGUGCAAUCUCAUGUGGCCUAUGCGUUCUCCUCUGUGGCCAAAGUUGAGGUGGAGGAGAACUUCAUCAAAGAGAAGCAAAGUUCUGGGAAAGCUGAAGACACUCAACUGAGAGGCAAAGUCUACAACUACUAUGUUGAGUCUACUUCUCAAUCCAUUAUGAAUAGAACCACUUUUGGUACCAACCUGGAUUUCCAACGAUCCUGCAACCUCUCUACUAUCGACAUACUUAAUGUAUCCAAGAAAUGUUGGGCUGAGGAACCUGUCUGCUCAUCGGUGACCAAAGAUGAAGCCAACAAGCUUGUUUUGGAGAAGGUUCCAGACAUAUCUUCUAAUGUUCUCCUUAGUCCUGCAAAGGACACCCAACCUAAGGAUCAAACAGAGACAGUUGCUGUUAAAGAAGCCAUCUCCUCGAAACCUCUCUUGGGCAGACGUAGCAUCAGCCGGAAAGAAAGCUUCAAAAAAAUUGUAAAUAAUCCAGAGUUACAGGUGUCGAUGGAAGGUUUUGGUUCUCCAGGAAUUGGGCCCUCAAGUGGCCACACCUCACCUCCAGCUCUUCUUCACUUGGACUCUACUUCAUCUCUGGUGAAAUCCAUGCAAAAUUUCCUGAGCAGUGGAAGAGAAGAGCCAUCGGUGAAGCUUGUGGCUGGCGCUAAAUUUUUCCAUGUCCCACUAAGUUCAGACUCCUCUCUGGAUAUACACUUAGAUCUGGGGAACUGCUACCAGGUUUUGUGCAUGGCCAAGAAGCAGAAACUUAAGGAUCUGCAAGAGGCGGUCUACAAGGUCAUGAGUGACAACUAUCUCCAAGUGCUGAAGACCCAGGCCAUCUACCGCCAGCUCAACGCUGCAGAGAGGGACUUGAUCCUGGAGAAGAGGAUGCGAGGCAAGAAAUACAUGACGGUGGCAGAUGUUGGAUGCCACACAAGUAGACUUUCUUACUACGAUGACCAGAAAGAUGCUUGGCAUCCAUUAACCCACAUCCCUGUUGAAGCCAUCUCCAAGGGUUGUGCCAUCUGCAGCAUGUUCAAUUACCUCUUCGUCGUGGCUGGCUGUGAAGGGUUUGGAAGGUAUCAGAAACCAUCCAACCGUGUCUUCUGCUACAACCCCUUGACUGACAUCUGGCAGGAGAUCUGUCCCCUCAACCAAGCCAGACCCCACUGUAAGCUGGUGGCCCUGGAUGGUUGCCUCUACGCCAUUGGCGGAGAAUGUCUCUAUACAGUGGAACAGUACGACCCACGCCUGGAUCGUUGGACGUUUGCGGCCCCUCUGCCCAAUGACACCUUUGCUGUGGCCCACACUGCCACCGUCUGCGACGGGGAGAUCUGUGUCACGGGAGGCACCUUGAGAUACAUGCUGCUGAGGUACGUCAAACAGACGGACACCUGGAAAGUCAACCUCACUGGAGGAAGUCAGGACAGGACAACCGAGAUGGUGACCGUCAACGGCUUCAUCUACCGCUUUGACCUCAACCAGAGGAUGGGCAUCAGUGUCUAUCGCUGUAGUGCCAAGGCCAAGCUGUGGUAUGAGUGUGCCACCCACCCAAUGUCCUUCCCAUCUUGCUUCCAGUGUGCCGUCGUCGGAAAUCUUGUCUACUGCGUGAACCGGCAGUUCAACCUCCGUUUCCUAGCGGACUUGGUGUCUCCACGGUUUGGAAGCAAAGGGCUGAGAAAUUUCCCUUCCCCAAGAGGGACCCUUAUCCCAGUUACUCUCAUGUUGCCCGAGGGUUACAAAGCAUCUCAAACAAGGGUUUGAGUGGCCGGUACAAGCUGCUUUAUUGGAAUAACAAGGCAAACUUACUUCUUGUAGUUUCACCGAGGACGUUGGUCUCCUCGUUUGCCUCCCUGCCCAUCAAGGAAAGUAGGAUUGUAGGCAGGAAAGGUCUGUCUCUUCCUACCAAGACACCUAACAGAAUAACUGGGUUGCAGGUCUUCUAGACCGACUUAAUCCUUGCAUACAAAUUAACCAUAGACUUUGAGGUCUCAGCAUUCAGAGGCGAGGGCAGAUUUAAGCCAAUUCCAUAAAACCAGGAUGAUGGCCCUCCAUACCACCUUAUCUCCUGCCGGUCUAUGGAUUUAAGAUCACGUCCUUCCGUGAUCUCCCGUUGGGAUCCAUCUUGAGAUCUUAGUGACUGACCCAUUGCCUUGGGAUAGGGGAAGGGGGAAUAAGGAUCAGUCUAGAUCAGAGCAGAUUACCCGUGAUCUACCCAUGAAGGGUCUCUAGGAAGCCCAACAUCCAGGCACAAUCACAAUAAUAUUUCCCCAUCUGCUAUCUCCAGCAGCUGCUAAUUGGCUGUAGAGUGCCACUAGUUUUGGAGGCUCCAUCCCAAAUCACAACCCUCUUUUCUUCCAUAAACUUGUUUACUCUCCUUUUUUAUAGUGUUCUAGGCUGGUCAAGCUCUUAAUGAUUCGUCGCUGAUGACCUUUUUUCCCCCUUCUUCCUACCCUUGGUCAAUCCUCUCCUCUCAUCCUGGAUCAUGCCCUCACAAAAAUGUUCAGUCUUUGGCGUCCUUCCGUCGCUGGUAGUUUCUCUCUUAGGUUGGAUGAUGGUCCUGGUAGUCCUCCACUUACGGCCAUCUGUUUAAAGACCGUUGAAAUGGCCCUGAAAAGAAUGACUCAAUAGGACAGAAUAGAAUAGAAUGAAGAGGAAUGGAAUGGAGUAGAAUAGAGUAGGAUAAGAUAGGACGGAACAGAAUAGAAUAGAAUAGAAUAGAAUAGAAUAGAAUAGAAUAGAAUAGAAUAGAAU